AUGUUUAGAUAUUAUGAAAGCAAGUCAAUUACGCAAAAGUACAAGUAUCGGCCACACUAUCCAGUCAAAAUAGCCGAAGAUGCGUUGGGAAACUUAAAAGAAAAGAAAUUGGAUUUUUUACUUGAUGUUGGUUGCGGUGGUGGGCAAGCAGUGAAAAUAUUUGCCCCCUACUUUGAUAAAGUGCUAGCCAUCGACCCAAGCGAGAAUCAGCUCGAAGAAGCGAGAUCCCAAAACAAGUUUGCUCAUGUUACCUACGAAGUAGGGCUUGCUGAAAAACUACCCUGUAAUGACGUCAGUGUUGACGUCAUCACAGUUGCAAGUGCACUACACUGGCUUGAUCGUCAAAAGUUUUACGAAGAAGUAGAUCGUGUUUUGAAGCCCGGUGGUCGGUUAAUUGUAUUUGCAUACUGGACGCCCAUACUUGUUCCAAUUGGUUUAACUGGUGACGUUACUAAGUUAUCUGAGAUUGCCUCUGAACUGAUACAGGAUGUUUACUUGCUGGGAACGAAAGGAAAUCCAGAUUAUAGAGAAAUCUACUUGCAGGUUUGCAACAAAUAUGCUCAAAUUUACAACGAAAUAAAGUACGCGAAGAAAUUGCGUUACGAUCACUUUACAGAACAAGUUUGGUCGAUUACUGAGUUAAAAGGAUACAUUCAAUCUAUUGAUUCUUAUGAAACUUACAUGAAAGACAUAGAAAUGCAGCUAGAAGAAUUUUCGGAAAAAGAACGCAAAGCAAAAUUACUCGAAUUGGAUUCAAGUGAACAGUUCAUAAGAUCGAUAAAAGAAACUGUUACUCGAACAGAUACUGAAGUUAUGCCAAAGCUGUAUUAA